GAAAGAUGUCUGGAGACCGGGCUCUGAGGAAGCAGCAGCAAUUAAAUAAUUUGGUAGCAGUGGUGGCAAAGCUUGCUAAGCCUGGAGAUGUGAUUGUGGAUUUUUGCAGUGGAGGGGGACACGUUGGAAUUGUUCUUGCUCACAUGAUGCCGUCAUGUCAGGUGGUGCUCAUAGAAAAUAAGGAAUUGUCCUUGAUCCGUGCUAAAGACAGAAGUGAUGAACUAGGCUUAAACAACAUUUGGUUCAUUCAAGCAAAUUUGGACUAUUUUAAAGGGACUUUUAACAUUGGGGUGGCUCUGCAUGCAUGUGGUGUGGCCACAGACAUGGUGAUCGAACACUGCAUCAAGGCACGGGCAGCCUUUGUCAUCUCCCCUUGUUGUUACGGCUUCGUUCAAAACACAGUGAAGUUUAAAUAUCCACGAAGUCAUCAGUUCAAAGAAGUUUUGUCCUACAAGGAGCACAUGAUCCUUUGCAGAUUUGCAGAUCAGACAGCUGUUCAGCUUCCACCUGAACGCAGGCUAAUAGGAAAGCAGUGUAUGGGGCUUGUGGAUCUGGAUCGGGCACGGGCUGCAGAAGAACGCAGCUAUUCUGUCCAAGUUGUAUCUAUGGAGCCAGAGAGUUGUUCUCCAAAGAACAAUAUGCUUGUGGGCAUCCCUAUAUAGAGUGUGAAACGUGCAUUUGAUUUGAAGCUGAACAUAAAUCUUCAGUGCAUACUGACAUCCAGCAGAUACAAGCAUAGCUGGGAACCAGGCAUCGUGCAUCUUGAACACAUUGAGUUAGGAAAAGGAAGCAGCACAAGAAGUCCUAGAAAGUGAACUGCAUGCAGAGCAUCACAAGUCGUGCUUGUUGUCUCUCAUUAAGAAACUUUUUGUUCUCUGACUGAGAAAUUUCUCAGUCUUAAUGACUGUACCAUACGCAUCUGUAAAGGUUUAAAAAAAAGUUGGUCUCACUGAAGGGAAAGUGAUUCUUUUUAGUAAAGCUGUCUUGGCUGCUUCAAAGUUGCAUUCCUGGUCAAAACUGCAUUUGCGUUCAUAAGCAGAGCUGUUAUUAGCCAAUAAUGUAGAUCAUUAGGGGAACAGAAGAGAUCAAAUUUAUGGUGUGAGUGAAGAAGGCUGUGCAACAGGUGGUGGCUUGGCUUUGCUAAAGAAUUCCAUACUACUGUAGGAAGAUUAUUUUUAAUAAAAGUUCAUCAGAAUA